AAGACUUCAUGUGGAGGAACUGAGAACAAGAAGAGAAAGAGAAAAGGGAGUUGUAAUUGCUUCAAAGUGCAAAUGAUUUUGCAAGCAUCUGUAAAAUCAAUGAGCACCAGAAAUUACAAGACUAUGUAAUAAAGAAACAUGCUGUUACAAAAACAGACAAGUUCAGAACUCAAAGGUAAUCCCUCCACCUCAGAGGUGUGGCAUAUCCAGAUGCUUAUUGGACAACAUGAUUAUUGCACAGGUGCACAAGCUGAAUGUCCUGUUCAGCUCAGCCAGCAGCGUGUUGUUGUGAGAUACAGAGGUUCUGUAGCAGUUAACUGUAGCCCUUCAGUCCCACAUAUAGGGAUGGGAUGGGAAGCCAGUGAAGGAGCAGUGCCCAAAACCAGUAACAGUCUGAUCACAUGGAGAGUGUCACACCUCACAGAAUGGGACAUACGUCCUGUCUGCUACAUAAACGUAAACCAUAAGGAACAGUGUCAAGUAGAGCUCUCAAUCACUAUUUACAAGACUCCAGACAGUGUGUCCAUCAGCAUUGUGAAUCACACAGGACCAAUGAUAGCGGGACGGCAGUAUGAGCUCCAGUGUGAUGUUCACGAUGUGGCUCCUGUUCAGUAUCUCACUGUCAAAUGGUAUAAAGGACAGACUCUGCUGAACCAAACUUACUUCACUGAGGAUAGCAAGAUUCCAGUGAAUGAAACUGUCACACUCCUGAUCCGUCCAGUCAGAGCUGAUAACGGAGCUCAAUACAGAUGUGAAGCACAGCUUGAUCUGGGAGCAGAAGGACCACAACCUCCUCCAAAAGAAACAUCAGACCCUCUCUACAUUACUGUACAAUUUGAACCGAUCAUCAAUGAGAACAAACUGCCCUCUGUAGUGCCUGUGUUUCGAGGAUAUUCAGAGGAGAUUGUUUGUGAAGCCGAGGGAAACCCAAAACCAACAAUCAGCUGGAUCCUCGGCACAAAUGAUAUAGUUUAUAAUGAAGUUCUUACUAUAUCAGAGUCAACACCUGAGAAUGUAUACUGUGUUGCAGAGAAUUAUGUUGGCACGACCACCAGAAAAGUAAAAGUGUUCGUACAAGGUGCACAAGCUGAAUGUCCUGUUCAGCUCAGCCAGCAGCGUGUUGUUGUGAGAUACAGAGGUUCUGUAGCAGUUAACUGUAGCCCUUCAGUCCCACAUAAAGGGAUGGGAUGGGAAGCCAGUGAAGGAGCAGUGCCCAUGACCAGAGACAGUCUGAUCACAUGGAGAGUGUCACACCUGACAGAAUGGGACAUACGUCCUGUCUGCUACAUAAACGUAAACCAUAAGGAACAGUGUCAAGUAGAGCUCUCAAUCACUAUUUACAAGACUCCAGACAGUGUGUCCAUCAGCAUUGUGAAUCACACAGGACCAAUGAUAGAGGGACGGCAGUAUCAGCUCCAGUGUGAUGUUCACGAUGUGGCUCCUGUUCAGUAUCUCACUGUCAAAUGGUAUAAAGGACAGACUCUGCUGAACCAAACUUACUUCACUGAGGAUAGCAAGAUUCCAGUGAAUGAAACUGUCACACUCCUGAUCCGUCCAGUCAGAGCUGAUAACGGAGCUCAAUACAGAUGUGAAGCACAGCUUGAUCUGGGAGCAGAAGGACCACAACCUCCUCCAAAAGAAACAUCAGACCCUCUCUACAUUACUGUACAAUUUGAACCGAUCAUCAAUGAGAACAAACUGCCCUCUGUAGUGCCUGUGUUUCGAGGAUAUUCAGAGGAGAUUGUUUGUGAAGCCGAGGGAAACCCAAAACCAACAAUCAGCUGGAUCCUCGGCACAAAUGAUAUAGUUUAUAAUGAAGUUCUUACUAUAUCAGAGUCAACACCUGAGUAUGUGUCCUGCGUUGCAGAGAAUUAUGUUGGCACGACCACCAGAAAAGUAAAAGUGUUCGUACAAGAGACGGCGAGCUUGAGCGGGGAGUUCUUUGGCGGAAGUGAGCAGGAGUAAGUAUUCUGAUUAAUUAUUUUGUAUAGUAUUUUAAGAUGUAAUGCCAGUACACCAUAUUAAGUUAAUUGCCUGCGAGCUUCUCCUCCUGUCUGUACGGUAAUGCGACAGAGAGUCGCGUGGUUAUGAUGCAAUCGUUAGCCUAUUUUUACAAAAGCUGUUUCUACAGGGCCAUAAUGUAACAUAGAAGGUAAUGGAGCCCUUUAUACAUUGUCGUGUAUCUUGAGAAAUAAAUAAUGGACAAAUGGAGUCUUUAAUCGCCUCAGAUGUAAAGUUAUUCGCUGUCAAAGUGACGUCAAAAUGAAUGGGAUGUCAAUGGGAUGCUAAUGCAAGUGAAGUUCUGCUACAAGAUGGCGGCACGCGGCCGACUUCAA